AUGGCAAUAACAAACCUUUCAGAACCCCCCAAAAUCCACAGAAUCCCACAACUCAAAUUCAUUGACGCAAUCCGCUGGCUUCCUUCUCCUUCGCCAUUUCAAAAGUCAUUCAUUACCUCCUUCUUCGAUUCCGAUUUCCAGACUCCUUCCCUCGAAAUCCACUCUCUAGACCCUUCAAAAACCCUAACCACCCCACUCUUCUCCUGGACCCCACCCUCCCGUAUUUCCUCUCUCAAAUCUAUCCCUUCCCUCUUCGCUGCCUCCACUUUCUUGGGUUCUCUCCACAUUUUCAAAACCCCAGAGGAAAUGUCGGUUUUGGAGAAUGAUAUGUCGGUUUCGAAAAGGGAAGUUUCGGUUAUGGAACCUGUAGUGUCGGUUGUUGGUAGGGAGUUUCAUGUGGGGUCAAUUGGGGGUUUGGAUUUGAUUGAAGGAGGGAGUGAGUGUCUUAGUGUUGGAGAAGAUGGGAGGGUUAAUUUGGUUGAUGGGAAGGGAAGUUUUAGGAGAGUUUUUGAUGGGAAUGGAUUGAUUUCGUAUUCGGCGGUUAAAUGGGCUUCACCGGCUGAGUUUGUGACUGGUGGAUGUGGGUUUGGACUUCAGUGGUGGGACCUUAGACGGCCUGGUGCUGCCGUUGCUCAGUUUAAGGGCAGCUGGGAUCAUGGCACAACUUCUGGGAUCAUUCACUCCAUUGAUAUUCAUCCAUCCCGUAAGCACACAUGUCUGGCAGGAGGUUCAGCAGGUACUGUAUUUGCCUGGGAUUUAAGAAGGCAACAAGAACCGAUUAUUCUUUCUUCAAUUGGUUCUAGUGACACUAUGACCCAUCCAUUAUCUGAAAGCGAGGUUUGGGAAGUUCAAUAUGACUACUACACCAAGUCUUCGAACAGUAACAUUUCAUCAACGCAGAUCUUACCUGCUAUGAUCUGCUCUGAAGAUGGGAUCCUUGCUGUCAUUGAACAAGGUGAGGAACCCGCUGAGCUCUUGGCAGAACCCUGUGCAAUCAACAGCUUUGACAUUGAUCGCCAAAACCCCUCGGAUGUAGUAUGUAGUUUAGAGUGGGAAUCCAUUGUCAUUUUGUUUUGCCCAUUACACUCUCUGCCAACCCGAGUCUCUUAUGGUUCUGCUCAACUCAUACCCCUCAACAAGGUGAGCAACUCGUUGAGACUCAGUUCGAGUCAUAACAUUUCUGGGUCUCACUCACUUUCUCCUCUAAAGCCAUGUACUAUCACUUCUCUCACUCAAAGAUUCCAGUCUCUCACUGUUUUCGCGGCUAAAGGUUAUAAAAUGAAAACCCACAAGGCAUCAGCAAAGAGAUUCAGGGUGACAGGUAAAGGGAAAAUAGUAAGGAGGAGAGCGGGGAAGCAGCAUUUACUGGCAAAGAAGAAUACUAAGAGGAAAUUAAGACUCUCCAAAAUGCACGCCGUUAGUAGGAGUGACUAUGACAAUGUGAUUGGUGCCUUGCCGUAUCUAAAAGAAUCCAUCCAUGGCUCCGGUCAACAACCCAUCGGCAAGAGAGAAUAUUUAAGUCGUUAUCGGCGGGCAACAAGUAGAACAUCCGCCUCACACCCGGUAACCGGAGCCCAAUCCCGUAAUUUCACCAUCCCAGCACUUGCCACACAUCUUCUCUCACGUGCUGGCCGUCAAAACACCGGACAACGUGAAACGACGUCGAGUUCGUCGUCUUCGCGGGGUAAAAGGGCAGCAGUGAAGCUAGAGAUCGUAGAGGAUCCAUCAGAGGAAGAAUAUGGAGCUCUUCACAAGCGAUCCAAGGCUUCACAAUCUAUUCAACCGUGGGGUGCUGGUGCUAAUGCAAUUCCUGUUCCUGUUCCGUCUGGGCAAUAUAAUCCAUUAGAUGAGCCGAGUCCGCUUGGAUUGCAGUUGAGGAAGAGUCCAUCAUUGUUGGAUUUGAUUCAAAUGAGGCUCACUCAAGGGAAUGCUUCCGCACUUGUAACAGAAGAGACGGAGAAUCAGAACUUGGGUGUCAAGAAGGAGACUAAGAGUACAGCUGCUUCCAGCUCCAUUGACAAGCUUAAGGCUUCAAAUUUUCCUGCUUCUAUUCUAAGGAUUGGGAGCUGGGAGUAUAAGUCUAGGUAUGAAGGCGAUUUGGUGGCGAAGUGUUACUUUGCGAAGCAUAAGCUGGUUUGGGAAGUUCUUGAAGGCGGUCUUAAGAGUAAGAUUGAAGUCCAAUGGUCUGAUAUUAUGGCUCUGAAGGCAAACUGUCCUGAUAAUGGACCUGGGACAUUGAAUGUUGUGCUGGCCAGGCAGCCACUUUUCUUCAGGGAGACUAAUCCUCAGCCCCGAAAGCAUACAUUGUGGCAGGCGACUGCAGAUUUUACUGAUGGACAGGCUAGCAUACACAGGCAACAUUUUCUGCAAUGUCCACAAGGGCUGUUAACUAAACAUUUUGAAAAGCUCAUCCAGUGUGACAUGCGUUUGAACUUCUUAAGUCGACAGCCAGAGAUGAUUCUGGAUUCACCAUAUUUUGAACAGCGACCAUCUGUUUUUGAGGAUCUGGAUGAUUCAAAAAGUCAAGAUUUUAAUCAACUGGAGUCUGCUAAGUUGUCUGUUAUUUCUGGCUUCCAAGAUCUAGCAUCACCAUCUGCAGCUCAGUCAUCUUCCUUAGAGAUUGAGAAAGGGGAUCCUACUGCUUCGACAUCAGACCAUGUGUCCCGAGAAGCUCCUUCUCCCAGCUCAGGGAGUGGAGUUUGUGAAGCUGUUGAUUCUAAAGCACAAAUGAACUGGGAUCAGAUUAAAGUGCCAGGCUUGCGCCCUUCUAUGUCAAUGACUGAUCUUAUGAACCACAUUGGAAACUGUAUUUCAGAACAGAUGACGUCAGGAAAUCCAUCCUUUUCUGGCGAUGGAUCAGAAUGCCAGGACAUACUAGAGGACAUUGCAGAGUACCUUCUUAGCGACACCCAGCAAACAUCAUCCUCUGAUGAGAAAAGGAUCAUGGCAAGGGUGAAUUCUCUCUGUUGCCUUUUGCAGAAGGACCCUGCGUCAACCCAAAACUUGCAGGUUAAUGGGGAAAUUUUAUUUGAAGAGCCUAACAAUGGGAAGGGGGUUCUGAGAAACCAUAUCAAUGAAUCGUUGCAUGAGGAUAAAUUUAGAGGUGAUAAUAGAGGCUCUGAAGGCAGCAGUAUCGAGGAUGUUUCUGGCAGCAAGCAGGCACCAGGAAUGUCGAGGAAAGACUCAUUUGGGGACCUGUUACUUCAUCUCCCUCGAAUUGCAUCUCUUCCAAAGUUCUUAUUCAAUAUUUCUGAAGAAGAUGGUGACAGUCAAGAUAGAUAG